AUGGAAAGUCUGGUUAAAGAAAUGCAAGAUCCAGUAACAGGUGUACCUAUACGCAGUCAAAAACUGUUUCUCACCUUCAUUCCAUCUGCUUUUAUGGGUUGUGAUCUAGUUGAAUGGUUAAUGGAGAGGUUUCAUUAUGAAGAUGGCACUAAUAUUGAAGCUGUAAAUCUAGGAAAUCUUCUUUGCCAAUACGGUUACUUCUUCCCUGUCAACGACCUCAAAAACUUAGUAUUCAAAGAUGACUCUUCUCUUUACCGAUUUCAAAGUCCCUACUACUGGCCAUGGCAGGCGCCGCGUGUGGCCGGUAGUGGUUCAAGUGCGCCCACACUUGGUCCGGACAAUAUUGAAUACGCUAUCUACCUCGUCAAACGAACACUACGCAAUAAACAACGGCAUGGCCUCGAAGACUAUGAACAAGAAGCGUUGGCGAACCUCAAGAAAAACCUCGCUGCAAAGUGGGAUUUCAUCACUAUGCAGGCAGAAGAACAGGUACGUCUAGCAAAAGAAAGGAAGAAGGGUGAUAAAAUCGUCAGUGAUAGUCAAGAACGUGCCUAUUGGCGCGUCGCUCGUCCGCCGCCGGGAGUGCCGAGCGCAUUGGAGCCCUGCCCAGUUCCAGUGCGAUCGCGGCAUCCGAAGCCAAAGAAAAGGACGAUACCUCAGUUACAACGAGAGAUUGAACACCUUAAAACCAGCUUAGAUAGGACGAGAGUGAAAACUUCAGUUGCUUUGGAAGCAUUAACGGCCUACUCAGAGACCUACGCACCAUACGACCCUGUGCUCACACAACCACAACCUUCCAAUCCCUGGAUCAGCGAUGAUACACUGUUCUGGCAAAUUAACAGUCCAAUUGUGGAAAUUCCGAGCGAGAAGCGUGUACAGCGCUGGGCGUUGUCUAUCGAAGAGCUGGUGUCAGACCCCACGGGCCUGCAGGAGUUCACCAGCUUCCUCAGGAAAGAGUACUCCCACGAGAACAUCCGGUUCUGGCUGGCCGUGAUGGACUUACGGAGGAGUAGUACUAAGCAGAUACCCAAAAAGCUUGAUGAUAUUUUUGAAGAGUUCCUAAAGCCAGGAGCGCCCUGCGAGAUUAACAUAGACGGCGCGACUGCUGAGAGGGUGGCAGAAGGUCGCAGAACGGGCUCUCGGUACGCGCUGGAUCACGCGGCUGACCACGUUUAUGGACUACUGCUCAAGAAGGACUGCUAUCCUCGAUUUAUCCGGUCCGAUCACUUCCAACGUCUGCUUACGGAAGGACGGAAUGUUCAUCAAAAGAAGGCCAAAUUCUUUAACUUUGGUGGCCAAGUAAAGAAGAAACCUGGUUCCACCAGCGGUAGCGGUGGGUCUGGCAGCGGUAGUGGGUUAUCUCGACGACGUGGGUCUGACCGCUCGUUGUCGGGAUCUGCACACGAGUUGGCUGUUUGUGCAGUACAACCUCCGCGCCCGCCAGAACCGCCGCCGCAUAGCCACUCGCAGUCCAACCUUUGCGAUAUACCUUUUAGAGACCCAGACGAUGAUACCUCAGAAGUUUUACCGUGGGAAACAGCAACGCGAGAGUUACCUUACGGUGGAGCAAGACGGCGGCAGGAUUCAGCGGCGGAUUCGGGCAGUUCCUCCUCAGACGUAAGCGCUGCUAUAGGGAGUGGGGAACGAAUGCGGAGACUUCCCCAGCAAAGCACCCUCGAUGGGGGCUUGCGAGGGGCUGCGCCACCUUUACGACGCCUAUCAGCUGUCGAACCACGCCAUUUAGCGCCGUUAGCAUCACCCCCACAUUCACCGAGGCAAAAACGAAUAAUCCCACAACCCUCACUUUCUUACCCGCAAACCACGGCACCUCAUCAUCCAACUCCAACUAUUAGUGUAAGCUCAGCACCAGACGAAGAAUCUGGCGACUCACCGCCCCGAACAAGCUCACCUGACGAAAGACGCUCGCUUAUACAGUCUGAGGAGCCCUCCUCAGUAUUCGCUUCAACAGACGUUACUCCAACCGAACCAGCCGUCAUGUUUGGUGGGGCACUUAUCGAAGCUAUUUCAGAUUCGAGCGACGUUGACGCAGAUAAAAUUGAUGAGAUUAGUUCACAUACAGAAGUUCCUGACACGUGUGAAGACUUAGCUGUUGAUAUAGAUCAAAACGCUUAUAAUAAACAAAAUGAAACGCAGGAAGUGAAGGAAGCCGAUGUGAGUGAAAGUGAGAAAGCGUCCGAUAGUGUAAAAGACGUUUUAAAACGUGAUAAUGAGGUGAAUGCUGUAGGUAAUGUAACUCGUACGAUAGUGAGCCAAAAGAGUUUGGAUAUGACGUCACCUUCUCUCAGUAUAGUUUCAGAGAGGGAGAAUUCUCAGCGUUCGCCAGUGGAGAGAGUUUGGCUUCCAAUAGCACCUUUAGCUACUUCCGAGGAUAUUGUGGAAGAUGAAAGUAUAGAAAAAGUGCCUGCAGUAGCACAAAAGGUAUCUGAUGAUUCCAAAACGGUGUCUGAGGAAGUGAAAACAAUAAAACGUGCUGAUGAACGCUCUUCUGACUCGGAUAUCGUAAAGGCUGAUAGUAAAAGCACAGAUAGCAAAAUCAGUGAUUGUAAGCAGAGAAAUGAUAUUUGUCCUUGGGAAGAUGAGAAUUCCUGUGAGAGUGACGCUCCAUUUGUUAAAACUUAUGCAACCCUAGGUUAUUUAUAA